AUGUUCUCUGGAGUGACGAAAGCCGCCAAGCGUCUCGUUGGAUACCAAGAUGGAGCGGUCCCCACCGUCUCUGUGGCGCAUUGGGUCAACAGCAAAAAACGAGACCCCAAGGAGGAGGCGAUCACCUAUGUCAAGGGUCUAUUCCCCAUUUUCGGAUGGAUUACUAGAUACAACUUCGGCUGGCUCUAUGGUGACUUUGUUGCCGGACUCACUGUGGGGAUCGUCGCCGUCCCUCAGAGUAUGUCCUACGCUCAGAUCGCCACACUGCCUCCUCAAUAUGGUCUGUACUCUUCAUUUGUCGGCACGUUGGUAUAUUCGCUCUUCGCAACAGCAAAGGAUGUAAACAUUGGGCCCGUGGCUGUCAUGUCGCUCACUGUCUCGCAGAUCAUUGCCUACGUCGAUAAAGCACAUCCGGGUGUGUGGGAAGGAACUCAGAUCGCAACAACCCUCGCGUUCAUAUGUGGUUUUAUCGUACUCGGCAUCGGUAUCUUGCGUCUGGGAUGGAUCGUCGAGUUUAUUCCGGCGCCCGCGGUUAGCGGAUAUAUGACAGGCUCCGCUAUCAAUAUCGUUGCGGGGCAGGUGCCUGGGUUGAUGGGUAUAACAGGCUUCAACACUCGCGCGGCAACCUAUGAAGUGAUCAUCAACACGCUCAAGUAUCUACCUCACACAAAACUAGAUGCUGCCUUUGGUCUGGUCGGCCUCGCCUCGCUCUACAUCAUUCGUAUCACUGCCGACCGUCUUAUGCGUCGAUUCCCGCAUAGGCAAAAAAUUUUCUUCUUCAUUUCUGUCUUCAGGAAUGCCUUCGUGAUCAUCAUCUUGACGAUCGCCUCAUGGCUCUACUGUCGGCAUCGAGAGACAAAGUCGGGCUCGUACCCUAUCAAGGUUUUGGGCACUGUCCCUCGCGGCUUCCAGCAUCUCGGUCCACCGCAUAUAGACAAAAACCUCAUCGUUGCUCUAGCCAGUCAGCUCCCGGUAGCCACAAUUAUUUUGGUCCUCGAGCACAUUGCCAUUUCAAGAUCUUUUGGCCGUGUAAACGGCUACAAGAUCAACCCCAACCAAGAGUUUGUCGCAAUUGGUGUCACCAACACCAUUGGCACGCUCUUCGGUGCAUAUCCUGCUACGGGUUCAUUCUCCCGAUCCGCCCUCUCCUCGAAAUCUGGAGUUCGUACACCGGCAGCUGGUCUUCUCUCCUCCGUUAUUGUCCUUGUCGCGCUGUACGGCCUCACACCGGCGUUCUACUGGAUUCCGAGCGCCGGCCUCUCUGCCGUCAUCAUUCACGCCGUCGCCGACCUUGUCGCAUCCCCACGGCAGGUGUACUCCUAUUGGUGUGUGUCUCCGAUCGAGUUCGUAAUUUGGUCUGCCGCGGUCCUUGUCACCGUCUUCUCUACAAUCGAAGAUGGUAUCUAUACCGCCAUCGCGACUUCCUUUGCUUUACUUCUGGUGCGGAUUGCUCGUCCCCGCGGCUACUUCCUUGGAAAGGUUGAGGUACGCACUAGCGCCAAGCCCGGCUCAGAAUCUCGCGAGGUCUAUGUUCCCCUCAAUCCGAAAGCAAAUCUCAUGAAUGAUACCAUGAAAGUUGUUCCUCCAGCGCCGGGCGUGUUGGUCUACCGCUUCGAGGAGAGUUUCAUUUACCCGAAUUCUUGGCUUCUCAACACCGUCAUCGUGGACUACGUGAAGGACAAUAUGAGACGUGGGAAGGAUUUCAGCACUAUCAAGAUGAGCGACCGUCCGUGGAACGAUCCUGGGCCCCGGCCCGGACAGGACGAAAACGCUGAGAAUCUGCGGAAACCGGUAUUGCAUGCAAUUGUUUUCGACUUUUCUGCAGUAUCUCAGAUAGAUACCACUGCGGUGCAGGCUCUGAUCGAUACCCGUGUAGAGGUUGAACGAUGGGCAGAUAGACCAGUCGAGUUCCACUUCGCGACUGUUCUAUCGCCAUGGGUCCGCCGUGCUCUGAUCGCCGGGGGCUUCGGUGUCGGUGUACCACCCUCGGGUGUUCCGGCCGAGAUCGCAGCGGUCGUCCCGUACCGCGAAGGUCAGACGCUCCCCGGGCUGAGAGGGCCGAUGACGGAUCUGGAGUCCACGCUCCCGGUCAACGAAGAGAGGCGAGACGUCAGGGAGCAGACCGGCCCAAUCGACCUCCCGGAUACGCCGUUCAUUCACUUUGACCUCGUCAGCGCCGUACACGCGGCCGAGGGCGGACUCACUAAGACAGACUCACGGUCCAGCAUGUCCAAAGCAGCGGAUCUGUUCUCGGAAUGA